UGGAAGCUUUCGUCGUUUUUCCCCACUCGUUCUUGAUUUUACAAUAUUUGUUCAAGGUUUAAAUUAAACUUUGGACUCUUUAGUUGACUUUUAGAUGCAAGUGCGAACUUGUCGUAAUUUUUUGUCUUCUUUAUAAAAUUGCCAAAUUACGUGUGUCUUUGCUGGCAAACAUUCGUUCUACACGAAUGGUUUAAAUGUCUUCAAAUAUGACAUUCACGAGUUUAUGAAUGUGACAAGUAUCUUUUAUUUUCUAUUUUGUCGAUAGUGAUAAAAGUGUACUUUUAGAAUCUCAAAAAGAAAGUCAACAAUAGAAUUAUCUAUUGUCAAUCUAUAUAUAUGUGAUUUGACAACAAUUAAAAAUCAUAAGUCUUCGUUGGAUUAUUCAUAGUGGAAAACUAUUUUUGACCUACUCCGAAAAUAAAAUACUUUUUUUUUUCAAAGAGAGAAAUCUUCCAAGCACAUAUAAAUUAUGACGAGUAAAACAAUCGAUAUGCAGUACACACCACCAACAUCGGAUACAAUUCAGACAAAACCGUUUCCAAUUAGAGGGGAACGAGCCAAUUUUGUAAAUAAGCCACAUGUGAUAGCAAUGGUGGGAUUGCCAGCCAGAGGGAAGACUUACAUCUCAAAGAAGCUGUGCAGAUAUUUAAAUUGGAUUGGUAUUAGCACAAAAGUUUUCAAUUUAGGAGAAUAUAGAAGGCAUGCAACAACGGCCUAUCAAUGUCAUGAUUUUUUUCGUCCCGAUAAUAUUAAGGCAAUGGCAAUUAGAACACAAUGUGCUCUCGAUGCAUUGACAGAUGUAUGCAAAUGGUUGGAGUCUGGAGAUGGUGAGGUUGCCGUUUUUGAUGCGACAAAUUCCACUGUCGAUCGACGGGACAUGAUUCGCGAGAUUGUUGUCCUUAAAAUGGGCUUUAAACUUUUUUUCGUUGAAUCCGUUUGCAACGAUCCAGAAAUUGUCGAACAGAAUAUUAUGGAGGUCAAGGUGAGCAGUCCAGAUUACGCGAAUAUGAACAAGGAGGAAGUCUUGGCGGAUUUUAUGCUUCGCAUUGAACAUUAUCAGGAGAAAUAUCAGCCAUUAGAUGAAAAUCGUGAGAGUGAUUUGUCGUUUAUGAAAAUUUACAAUACCGGCGAAAAGGUUCUUGUUCAUAAGCACGAGGGCCAUAUACAAAGUCGGAUAGUUUAUUAUUUAAUGAAUAUUCACAUUGUUCCGCGCACAAUUUAUCUUACAAGGCAUGGCGAAAGUGUUAUGAAUUUGGAUGGACGAAUUGGUGGCGAUUCAGAUCUCAGUGAUAGGGGACGUUUGUACGCAAAGGCAUUGUCCGAAUAUAUUAUUAAGCAAGAUAUUCAGGGGCUUCGCGUUUGGACCAGUUGGCUAAAACGAACCAUUCAAACGGCAGCCGAUGUUAAAGCACCACAAGAAAGGUGGAAAGCCCUAAAUGAAAUUGAUGCUGGCAUCUGUGAGGAGAUGACAUACGAGGAGAUUGAGGAGAAACAUCCAACAGAUUUUGCAGCUAGGGACCAAAACAAAUUUUCUUAUCGAUAUCCACGGGGAGAGAGUUACGAGGAUUUGGUAGCACGUUUAGAGCCAGUGAUUAUGGAAUUAGAGAGACAGGGUAAUGUUUUGGUUGUCAGUCAUCAGGCAGUUUUGCGUUGUCUACUUGCGUACUUUUUAGACAAAAAUGCAGAUGAACUACCGUAUCUGCAAGUACCGCUACAUACAAUAAUUAAAUUAACCCCAGUGGCUUAUGGUUGCAAAGUGGAAAAUAUUCGACUACCAAUCGAUGCAGUCGACACACAUCGAGCAAAACCAAAGAUACCCGGAUAUCUAGAGGAGCGCUUCAGGAGAAAAGGGAAAAAUCUUCACACGUGAUAACAAUUGUUUAUCAUCAUUAGCCGCUUUGUUUGAAAAUAAUGAAGCAGUGUUUUCUUUCGGACAGCUGCUGAUUUGCCUUCGCGAACAUGAAUACGAAAUGAAUAUUGAGGUGCCGACUAUUUUCUACUCGUUUUGUCACCCUCUUAAAAAAAAAAAAAUCUCCGUGAAUAAAAUAGUUAUUGUCAACGAAUCAAACAAAAAGUCAUAAUCAAUUUUCGCCUUGCCACCGCCGGACAAAUGAAGAGAUGGUUCUGCGCUUCGUAAAAGAAAAAAAAAAAAAAAAAAAGAAAACCGGAGUCUUUUUUUGAUUUCGUGAAAAAAACAUAUAUAUACGUAUGUGUACGAAAAAAACAAACUAUUUCCUAUAGGCAUUUUCUAAAAAAAAUUUGCUCCUUCUCGAUAAAAGAAAAGUAUAAAUAAUAAUUAAUCCGCUGCAUAAGAGACUGUGAUUUUUAUGGAAUUGGGUUGUUUUAUUUCAGUUUGUUGCUUCCAACAACGCGCUGAGACUUAGACUAUAAUUAUUUAGAAUUCAAAGUAUAAAUCAAAGUAAUAAAUAAAAACAAAGAAAAGAAAAUUAAAACUUAGUUUUUCUAAACUUAUUUUCUUUGAAAAUGAGUAUGCCGUGUUCCAAACACUUUUUGAUACUUAAAAAAAAUUGACAACUCAAAGAAAGGAAAGUUUUAAAUUAAAUAUAAAUAGAUUAUAAAUAGAUUUUGUCCAAUUUCAAUCUAUAUUCUUCGUAUCUUUAUAUAAAUAAUAAUAAUAAUCUUUAUAUCCGACCUUGAAUGUUACCGAUUUCUUCUCAAGGGCCAAUAAAUAAUUGCUCUUUUACGUAAAUGUCUGCCAUUCAUAUUAUGAAUAUCUUUAAUAUUUACAAUUAAAAAAAAAAAAAAAAAACAAUUAUUAAUAUUGACAUUUUUUUUUCCUCUGAUCAACCGAAUAAUCUUAAUGUAAAAAAAAUCUCAAUAAAUUCUUAUACAUACAAUUGUUACGAGAUACUUAAAUAAACUAUUUUUAUUCA